UGAGUCAGGAGGUUGUAGAUUCAAAUCCCACUCCACAGUCUCUGACCUAACCUAGGUCAGGCCAGGCAGUUCUUGUGGUGAUGGACAGCCACACUGUUGGACGGUCAGCGUCGAGGGAAUGGACACUGUCGGAGGGUCAGCGCUGAAUGAACCCUCCACUGUCGGAGGGCCAGCGCUCAGGGAGAGCUGCACCAUAGGAGGGCCUGCGCUGAAAGAGCAGGCACUGUCAGAGGGUCAGCGCUGAGUGAGCGGGCAGCAUCAGAGGGUCAAUGCUGAGUGAACGCUGCAUUAUCGAAGGGUCAGCGCUGAGUGUGGGCACUGUCAGAGUGUGAACACUGACGGAGCGGGCACUGUCAGAAGAUCAGGGCUGAGGGAGUGGGCGCUAUCGAAAGGAAGCAGAAACCGAAAUGAGUACAGAAUUGGGAUCUGAAUCGAGCACAUGUGGAACCAACGUUUGGACAGGACAAGAGAUCAUCAAGGUCCAAAAGGUGCUUCGUUGCCCAGUGGCCAUUUAUCAACACCUGUGCCUGAGUGCAGGAAUGUAGCAGAGAAACGAUGGCUGGUUGAUGACAUGAAUGGAAUGAGCUAUGUUUGUCCUCAUGGGGGAUCCAUUUCAAUAAUCGUAAGCCAGUUCAACAACAAGACCAAUGAGCGAGUCUGGGACUUUGCCUGUAAGGCCACCUUCAGAGGGAUCAUCAACUGCAGUUGGACUGAUUACGUCAACAAUUUUGAUGAAGGCAUCAACUUCUCCUGCCCUUCUGAGGCACUGAUUUGCGGGGUGGAAAAUCUCCGACUUCCGAAGCACAGGGACCGGAAGUGGAAGUUCUACUGCUGUGGCAAGUACACCUUGUGUUACGCAAACUGUGUGUGGACCGACUAUGUGAAUGAGUACAAGGAAUACUUCAGCUGGCUUGUCCCAGAAGGUUUUUACCUCGUGGGGGCUGUACGUUACCAUGACAGCGACAAACGCCGUUGGCAGUAUCGAUACUGUGCGAUGUUUCCCACUGUCCUGCCUACCGUAUGAUUGCUUCAUGGGGCCAAAGUUGCAAUAAAAAGAUUGAUGAGUCCAUUGUAGCUGGCAAGUCCCAUCUUGAUUUAUCCCUGUCACCUCUGCGAAUGACACCUCGCUGGCACUGAUGGACUCGGUAUGGACCAGGAGAGGUGGCACUCGACAGGGUUGGGGGAAUGGGUGACUGAGAGAAGGAGGAUAGGCCAUGAAGGGCUGGGGGGCUACUGUCAGUGAGAGAUGAGCAGUUAGAGAU